AUGUCUUCUAAUCAUUUGCUGCGAUAUCUCGUCUUUAUUGAAGCCUUUCUCGAACCGAUGGAAGUCAAUGACCACCACUUCUUUGGGCGCCAUAUCUAUGAAGCGUCUCACCUGAAGAAGUACAGAGUCGAGGUGAGCUCUGGAGGGGAAGUAUGGCUUACAGUGUCUUCUUUGGCCGAAUUCAAUAAAAAACUGAACCAAACAUUUGAGAGACAAUUAGAGCUGAAUUGGAGACGAGUUCCCGUUGGGGACGACAUAUGGAUCGGACUGUUUGGUGAGAAACCCAAUGAAGAAACACUGCUAAAAAUGGGCAAAAACUACUCAAUCGAAUCGUUGGCUAUUAAGGGAGAGGCGUCUGGAAGUCACAGGUAG